GAAUGGAUCGAGCUGGUUCGUAAAAAUCGCUAUAUUUAACUGUUUCCAACAAAUAUCUAGGCCUGGGGUCACGUCAAGGCAUGGAGAAGAUAAUCCUUUGAAAAUGAGUAUUAUAAACUGGUCAUGUAAUUGCUGAUGGAAGGAUUACUUGGUAGUUGGAAAAAGUGAUGGAAGACUUAGUUCAUGAUUUAGCAGAUGCACUUGACGUCCAUGUUACGAAUGCCGGACAAGAUAACGACGGUCCAUCAUCAGGUAUGACAUCACCAAGGCAACUUAAAAGACAGUCUCGUAAACGACGUGGUAGGAAAAGAAGAUGUGAUCAGAACGCACUAUGUGACUGCGGAAAUUUGAGUAGUGGGUCUGAUUCAAGUUACGACGGGGCUCUGAAAGACUAUAUGGAAAAUAUUAAAGCCCAGGAAUUAUUAAGUGACUCUGCCUCGGACGAAAUGGUGGUGGUUCAACGACUGGCUUCAUCAUUGAAUGUGACAUCAUCAACAAGUAAUAUAUAUGGUGAAUCGGACUCUGUGACAGAAAACUACAUUCAUAAAAAACCACAUCGUAAGAAAAAACGCAUGCGCAGAAUGAUCAUUGAUCGCCAAACCAACUGUUUACAAAAUGUACCUGUUCAAGAUUAUGCCCCACAGAUUCGUAGAAAAGGAAAAUUACGCAAGACAAAGAAAAACGAUAAUAAAGAUAAUAGUUCAGUUAUAAAUUUAAAAGGUAAAUUUGGUUACAAAGUGGAAAAGCUAAUCAAUAAUGAAAAAAAUAAAGAGGGCAGUGUACAAAACAUUGGGGAUGGUAAUAAUGGAGCAUCCUGUUCAGGGUGUCCAACCGGAAGUAUGUCGGUUGAAGAUAUAAAAUGUGAAUCAAACAUGAUGGAUUCAUUAGCAGCAGAUCAGGAAGAUAGCAUGGAGGACCUGGGAACACCUACAAGUGCUGGGACAGCUGAAGUGGAGAGCAUCCAGGAUAGCGAUGUAACAAUGGAAGCAAAAGACAGGGACACAGAAGAGUUUGCAGAAGACUGUUCUGGUCACAGUAGUAGUUUCAGCUCCUCGGAUGAUGAUAACAUUGUCAUCUUUACAAAUGAUGAAGGCCGUGAAGGAGAUGAUGAACAAAGUGAUUUUUUCUACGAGCCUGGCGCAGUGUAUGGAGUCCCUGGAAUUAUUCCUUGGUGGGAAAAGCAAGUGCAUGAGGUUGAUUCCAGAUUCCAAAAUAUACUGGAAGGCAGUUUUCCAAUGUUGUCAGUUUACUCCCAAAAAGUAGUCACUGAUCAGGCUCGGCAUUAUGAAAAUGGCAGAAAUAAUUUGAGAGUUAGGGGCUCAAGAAGAAAAAGCAAGGCAAAGAAACAAAAGAAACCUAACUCUUUCCUACAUGAUGUUAAUCAAAAAUUAAUACGUUUUCUGAAGAAUCCACAUGAAGAAGAGUUGUUAUUAGUACCCAUGAAAAAGAAGACACGUAUUCAGGUCGGACAACUUGCUUCAUUAUAUAAUCUAGAUAUGAGGAAUGAAUGGACAACUAAAAAGUGCUCUCCAACACUUAUUAAGACAAGAAAUACCUACCUCGUAGAUCAAGAGUCUGUAGAUGAAUUCUUACUUGCAGUAGCAUCCUCUAGCAAUGGCAAGGUCAAACAUUACCCCCCAUUUCUUGACCCCAAAAGAAGGAGAAAGACUCCACCUCCAGCCACUCCAUUCCAAGAAGGUUAUGUUGAUAGGUAUUCGAAUCCUGUACCGACUUCCAACGUCGGAUAUCAGAUGCUCGAGAGCAUGGGAUGGAAACCUGGUUCAGGACUUGGAGCUAGUGGCUCUGGCAUCAAAGAACCUAUUAGGGCAUUUCAGAGGCAGAAAAACAAGGGCCUAGGAUAUGAUAAAUUGCUUUCAAAAUAGAAGGUUGGUUGUUCCUAUACAAAUAUUAUUUUGAAAAUAUAAUUUUAAAGUAAACCUAACAAAUAUGAACUCUAUAUCAAUAAUAUUGACAGAAAUAUUAUUUUUAAUGAAAUAUAUACCAAAAUAUAUUUUCAUCAAAAACAAAUGUGUGUAAUAUGUUUAGGUGAAUGCUUUUGGAUAAUAACGUUUUGUCAAAAUUCAUCAUAGAUACAUUUUCAAAUUGAAAUAAAUUUCACUGCAGAACCUUGCUCAGGCUAUUAACAGUUUUUAUAUUGUUUAGAAAUACAACAACUCCUGUAUAAAAGUCAUAAAAUUUCAAACUUGUUCAUUAAAAUAUUGUUGGGUAUACUGUAUACUGAAAUUGAAUUUUUCUGAUUCCAAGAUGGUGCUUUGAAUUAAACUGCUAAUUAAUAAUGGCAGCAAUUUUUAAUCAAAAAUGUAAAAAAAAAAAAAAAAUCUUUGAGAGAUUUGAAGUGGCAGAGAGAGGGGAACAAAAAGAGUGGGAGGAAAAAAGAGUGAAAUGGUGGCUGAAUAACAAUCUGUUUUGCUGCUCAGAUUUUAAUCUUAGAUUGAAAAUUUUUUGUAAAAUGUCUUAGGUUUUUCAAAAUUGUGUUAAUAAUAAAGUUUUAACUAUGUUUUUAAUGCAAUCAUGGUAAAACAGUGUACAUAACACAGAAUUAGCAUGUACUUUUGAUUAGGAAUUUGAAGUACUUUAUAAAUAUGUGAAUAAUUGCAGGGUAUAUUGGUAGGCCUGCCCUACUAAAUUUCAAUGAACUUUGUAUUGUUUUUAAAAACUAUUAUUUCAAAUUUUCUACAUCAUUUUGAUUAGUCAUCAGAAAAGUAAGAAAAAAUAAAAUUCUUGACUUAGUGCACAAUUUCUUGCAUAAUACUUAUCAAUGUGAGUGACCUCAAUAGGACUUGACCUUCAUUGUGGCACUAUGUACUAAACUAGAUUUCACCAAUUAAAUAUCUUCUAUUGUUAAGAGUAUAUUUACCACCUGAUGAUUAACCAUUCGGGGAUUAAUUUUUUCAGAAAAACAAUAAAAUAAAAUUGAUUAAAAUUAUGAUAUUAAGGAAUAUUAAUUAUAGUUUUAUUAUUUAAUAUAUGUCUCCCUCUGUAAACCUCUAGAAUUUAGUGUCUUUAAGAUUUAUUAUAUUAUUUUUCUAAAUUGAAACCAAAACUGCCAAAGACCAUGUACUGUAAAACCCAGCCUCAAGUGUGGUGUAUAAUUAGAUCAAGACUGGUACUAUUGUUUUAUUAUCAUAAUUUAAUCAUAAUAAUUGUAAUAAUGAUGAUAAUAUCAUUAAAUGAAAAAAAAACACUACAUUA